GGGAGCCCCCGCCCAGCUGACCGGACCGCUCUCCCCUCGCUGGUGGCCGCCCCGGCAUGCAGGGCCCGGCCGCCGCCAUGUCUGGCCCGUACGAACUAUCGGUGCAGGACCUCAACGACCUGCUCUCGGACGGCAGCGGCUGCUACAGCCUCCCGAGCCAGCCUUGCAACGAGGUCACCCCCAGGAUCUACGUGGGCAACGCGUCUGUGGCUCAAGACAUCCCCAAGCUGCAGAGACUGGGCAUCACCCAUGUCCUGAACGCUGCUGAGGGCAGGUCCUUCAUGCACGUCAACACCAAUGCCAACUUCUACAAGGACUCUGGCAUCACCUACCUGGGCAUCAAGGCCAACGACACGCAGGAAUUCAACCUUAGCGCCUACUUUGAAAGGGCUGCAGACUUCAUCGACCAGGCAUUGGCUCAAAAGAAUGGCCGUGUGCUCGUCCACUGCCGCGAAGGUUACAGCCGCUCCCCAACUCUAGUCAUCGCGUACCUCAUGCUGCGCCAGAAGAUGGACGUCAAGUCUGCCCUGAGCAUCGUGAGGCAGAACCGUGAGAUCGGCCCCAACGAUGGCUUCCUGGCCCAGCUCUGCCAGCUCAAUGACAGACUAGUCAAGGAGGGGAAAUUGAAACUCUAGGGUACUCCCCCGCCUCUUCUCUAGAGGUUGGAAUGGGGGGCCCUGGUUGAGGUGUCCCAAACUGCCAUGUUUAGGAAACACAAUGUACCCUGCUCCCAGCAUCACCAGGCACCUGCCCAUGAAUCUGCCCCAAAACAGCCCUGGGUCCCUUUACCCCGGGGGAGCAUGUAAAGAAGCUUGCUAAGGAAGACAUUCUCACUCCCUGCUGCGUCCUGUGCCUGCAGUUUAUGAUGUCCUCCCCCUGGGGUGGGGCCGCAGAGGGGAGGACGUGUAACGUGCAUGCUUCCGGGUGACCCAGGGCAGCGGGUCUGUGGAAGUGGAAGGUCUGAGACACUCACAGGAGGCCCUCCUGACCUCCUCCGCUCCUGACCCCUGGGUCCUCUCCUGAGUGGGAACCGUAGCACCUCAAGCCUUGUAAAGGAACUAUGCAAACUUGGGCCCCUCUUUCCCCCCACAUCUGUCUCCCCCGUCUCCUCGCAGCCACCCGCACCCUGCUCAUAGGCAGAGACGCUCUGAGGCCUGAAGCUGGCGUCGGAGAAGCUGUCGGAUGUUAGUAGGUGGAAAUUCCCGCGAAGAGACCACAUUUUAAUUAUUUCCUUAGGAUUAGAGAUAUCUAAACAACGAGGCCCUGAGGUGGGCAGACAGAUUCCCCUGGGGGUCUCUCCGGAAUCAGUAGUUUCGGCACUGUGGACCCGCGGAAGGCUUGAGUUCCGAAUCCACUGGAAUAUUUCCCUGGGACCGCUCUGGUCACUUGGUUUGUUACAGGAGCGAUGCCUUGGGCAUGGUGUAUUUGUCUUUUUUAGAAAACAGGGUGUUGAAGUCCAGCCUAUUUAAAAACCCCACCAUUUGGAGAAUUACAAGGGUUUUGUCCUGAAUUAUAGUGUUGGCGAGCCCAAGCCACUCGUGCGAGCUGCUUUUUGUCUCGGUUGCUAUUCCAAGAUCAGGAGGAGGAAGUUGGCCAAUUACAGCGUGUAUGUGGGGGUGUGUGUGUGGGGGGUGUGUCUCAGAAACACAGCCAGAGGACAGAUGAGUGGGGAGAUGAACGGCCCCAGGCUCACACCCUGCCCACUUACAGGUAUUUCUUAUGGCUCGCUGGUGCCAGAAAAGACCCUGGACCCCGGGGAGCAAAAAUGACUCAGCCAGGCAGAAAUGAAACAUGACGGAGUGUCCAAAUGGAACUUUUAUUGGUGGUGGAGCAAACAAACAAACGAAAAGAAACAACUUUUUUUUAGGAGAAUGUUGAAAUGCACUUGUUCGCACAUGUGUGCGCACAGUUGUCAGAAUGUAGAAUUUUAUUCUCGAUACAGUUUUGUUAGGACUUUGCAUGAUUGUCGUCAUGGAAAGUGAUACAAUUCUGUCAUCUUCAGGUUCCCUAAUGGCAGAGAGGUGGUCCUCUGCCAUGCCCCCUAUGCCUAGCAUAUAGGUGUCUGAUAAUAGUUUGUGGAAUUAAACUUUUUUUUUUUUUUGAGCACCAAAUAUACGUAGGGCGUUGUUCUGGUGGGUGUAUCAGGCUCCCAGAAUCCUGAGUUUGUGGUAGGAUCCCUUGCAAGGGUUUGCAGAGGAGUCUUACCUGAAAUGAAAUAUCAGGGACUUUUGUUAAAUAUUUAAAAUUGUUUUAAAUUUGAAUCCAGCCAGUGUUGACAAGUUCAAGUGCGGACUGUGCCUUUUUCAGCUGACCAGGAGCUGUGGGCCAGGACCAGGGAAGCAGGCGGGCCUGUGGACUCCCUCGCGUGUGAUGGUCUCUAUCUCAGCAGGGCGGCGCUGUGCAGCCCGGCCCGCCCCGCUCCUCUGUGACCACAGCGGCCCUGAACCAACCAGGAUCUGUCGCCUUUUUCAGAUACUGGUUGCCCAGAUAGAGCCACCUAAGCGAAAUGGCCAUUCUCUACACUCUGUACCUCACAGUUUUCAGAUAACCCUCCCACUCGGUCUAACUUGAUCCUAGCAAUGACCCUUGUUGGUAGAUAUUCAGGUAUUGUUAUCUAAAAAAAAGAAGUUGGGGGUCAGAGUGAUUAUGGGCCUGGCGCCCAGGGCUUCCCAGCUCAAGGCAGAGCUGAAGCAAUGUUUCCAGUGUGCUGCUCCCUGAAGCUGAAUUCUUUCUCUCGUACUACACUUCUCCUCAACAAACAAGCCGCCUGGGAGUGUCCAGGUGCACUGCACCUGCCCGGACCCAGCCUGCGUGCACAAGGGCCACUUAGCUUUAGGGACAGAGUACAACGAGUCAAGCUGUGGUGUGAAGGGAGGCCUGGAUGAGGGCGGGGCGAAGUUGGCACAAACCCAGCCCGGCUCCAGAAGGAAGGAAAAGCGUGUGGCUCUUCUCCCAGGAAUCACGUAGCACCCCUGAGUCGCAGCUUUGUGCUCCAUCUCUGGAAGAGGCUCAGGAGAUGGGUCUGGGGCUCCCCUCCCACGCCCAGGCGGGGGUCGCCCCGCAGGGUAGCCACAGCUCCUUAGGGGCUCUGGAAGGCCUGUUUGUGGGGGUAUGAGGGAGAACAGGUAAGUGGGAGAAUUACUGCCUUUACUUUGGGACUACUUUUAUGCUGAUGACUUGGGAUUUCUUGAUAGUCUGUAGUCUCAGAAAUUUGCUUCACAAGAUUUAGCUCCUAGUUCGAGUAAAUAAAUUCUAUCGUGUAAGAGUCAGCACGUGCCCAGCACUGAGUAGAAGCUGUCUCUGGACAGAGUUUUACGCCUGGGAAGUGAUGAAAUAGGAACUCAGGGCACCCUCAGUCCCUCCCCUGCCCUGAUCCCUUUCCUUGACUAGCAGACCCCAAAAGUAGAACACCAAGCGUUUCUUCUCUAUUUUAAAGCAGUACACAUACCACAGGCUGCUCUGUUUCCCUGCCACUCUGAGUUACCUGGAGAGGGAAUCACCGUCUACCAAACAAGGCCUCUAAGGUCCCUUUGGCUCUGACACUGUAGGGUUCUCUAAGAAACCCCACUUAGAAUUGAACACCGCCUGGAAAUUAGAGAGGCUGUAACUAUUACGGUGACCGGCAGGGGGCGCUGUGUUCCACCGGUGGUGAUGGAUGAUUCGAAAAUGGAUGCUGGUGCCUUUUGUGUCACAAGUUAAUGUUAAGAUGCUAAUAUUUUAAUCGAAAUAAGCACUCUCAUAACAAAGAUGUAAGCUUUACUCACAGGAAAUUUUCUAUCAUAAAACCGGUGUCAAGUAUCCCUGAAGAGCCAACAAUGAUGGUCCUUCCAAGUCAAGAUUUUAUCCUGAUUGGAAAUAGAGGCUAUGUCUCCGGUUGUGAGAGGAGAUUGGUUGGAAGCUUAACUUACCUCCUGUCAGCUUUUAGGGUAAUUUGAUUGUGAAAGCGUGAGUUUUCUGGACAGAAAGGGUGAAGGUAUUAAAUUUUAUUUUUUAAAAAGUUUAAUGUCAUAUCACAAAUCAAUAUUAAAAUACUAAUUCUGUAACCGAAAUAAAUGUCGUAUGUUACCAAAAA